UUAAGCAGCUGUGGUAAUGUAAUUUAAAACCUCUGAAAAGUGUGCUGCACUGCUUUUGCUACUUUAGCAUACCAUGAGUGCUGGGUGCCGUCAGUCCUCUAAAGGAUCGCCUUCCCCACCGUAUGAAAAAGAAAACCGAAAUGCAAACCUGGAGGCAGCCUGAAAUAUCCAAAUAGAUGAGUUUGUGACAUCCUCUUCCAGAGCCGAGAUAUUCCACAUACCCCAGCUGUGCCUCCUUCAUUCAGAACUACGCUAGUUUAGUUUAAGACUUCCAAACUCAGAUUUCAAAGGAAUACUCUGACUGUUCCAGCUGUCGUACAAAGUAAUUGGGGCCAGCUGGAUGACAGGAUGCAAGUGGUUACGAUUAUAAUACUACUUUUCUUUUGUAAAGCAGCUGACUGUAGGAAGACAAGAAAUGGAAGUUCAAGGAACAAAGCAAAUAAUGGAAGGGCAAAUGGCUUAAGAAAAGCAUCCGGCACUGUUAAGCGUUAUACACCUGGUCCCCCAUGUGAUGUAUAUACCUAUCUUCAUGACAAAUACUUAGAUUGUCAAGAAAGAAAACUGACAUUUGUACUGUCUGAUUGGCCUGAAGAUUUAAAACACAUGCUCCUAGCAAGAAACAGGAUUCGAAAGCUGAAGAACAACAUGUUUUCCAAGUACAAAAAAUUAAAAAGCCUAGAUUUACAACAGAAUGAGAUCUCAAAGAUUGAGGACCAAGCAUUUUUUGGUUUAAAUAAAUUAACUACACUUUUACUGCAGCACAAUCAGCUUAAGGUUUUGUCUGAAGAAGUGUUUAUUUACAUGCCUCUUUUAAGUUAUUUACGCCUGUAUGAUAAUCCUUGGCAUUGCAACUGUCAAACGGAAACUCUUAUAACAAUGCUGCAGCUUCCAAGAAACAGGAACUUGGGAAAUUAUGCUAAAUGUGUACAACCAAUAGAACUGAAAGGUCAAAAGCUCAAGCAGAUUAAAGUUGAACAGAUGUGCAAUGAAGAGGAAAAACUGGACCCCCAUGGUUUAGCAGUACCAAAACCCGAUGUCUCCAGACCUGAAUUUGAUUCCUCUCUUUGCCACAUUUAUGUGUUUCCUGUACAAACACUGGACUGCAGAAGGAAAGAGUUAAAGAAAGUUCCUGGUAAUAUACCUUCAGAUGUAGUUAAACUCGAUCUUUCUAACAAUAAAAUCAAGCAGCUACGACCCAAGGAGUUUGAAGACAUUAAUGAACUGAAGGCAUUAAACCUCAGUAGUAAUGGAAUAGUUCACAUAGACCCAGCUGCUUUUGUAGGACUCAUCAACCUAGAAGAACUAGAUUUAUCAAACAACUCCCUGCACAAUUUUGAAUAUGGAGUAUUGGAACACUUGUACUUUUUGAAAAUACUGUGGCUUAGACAAAACCCUUGGAGAUGUGACUAUAAUAUUCACUACCUUUUCUACUGGUUGAAACACCAUUACAGUGUUCACUAUAAUGGCUUAGAAUGUAAAACACCUGAGGAAUACAAAGGCUGGCUUGUUGGAAAAUAUGUCAGAAGCUAUUAUGAAGAGUGUCCCAAAGACAAGCUCUCUGUUUUCCCGGAAACAUUUGAACAGGAUACAGAAGAUGAAGAACGGGAAAAGCACGAAUACCCAGUUCAAACAAAAAAGAAACAUGGAGUAAUUGUCACUGUAAUAAGUUAACUUGUUCACAGCUACAUUCAAGCUUUUAAUAUUUGUGUAAGAAAACAGGGUCGUUUGUAUUUUUUGUUAAAUGUGGUGUUUAUUUGUAAGGGAGUAUCUGCUAAAAUAGUUUUUCAGUACUAAUCACAAUGACAUCAAUUAUGUAUUUCUUUAUAAAUCUACUAUUUUUAAUCAGUCUGAGAGUCAUUUUUUCCAUGUUUGUUAAUCAUGUGUACAACCUUAAUUUACUGCAGCUAAUUCAUUUAUGUGUAAUUAACUGAAUCUCUUUAUAGAGUUAGGCUCAAGCCUCCUAAAGAUGAUCUCCUAUAUAUGUUUACUCAGAAGUAAGCCUCA